GUUUUCCUCCACAUUUCGGAAGCAGGUUUCCGGACUCGGAGACGAGAUUUUUUAUAAGAUGCCGAGCUGGCUUAUGUUGAUUUUUGCCGAACCUUUGUUGUGUCACGAUCUUGUAUUCAGUCCCCGGGGGAGACUAGGGGGUCUAAUGUAGUAGGCUGAUCAUUCAGAUGGGGAUCCGAUCAGGGUAAACGACAAGACCCCUCUCGGAAGACAGCUGCUUCCCUUCGAUUUUUCUUUUCCUCCUUCCGUGUCCGCUGUAUCCCACUUCAUAUCUCCUGCCGAACAUACACAUCCAAUACACUUUUCCUAACUCCUUCUCCCCUUCUCUCCUCCCCACCCUCUCCCCAAAAAAAGAAAGAUACAUAGCUUCCUUCUCCCUCCCCCUCCCAACAAAAAAACACAAACAAGUUUUUUUUUUCGACUCAAGCAAAUCAGUCCAUCAUGAAAACCAAUGACCCUAAUCCCAAGUUCUUAGGAUGCUUAUCUCUCAGUCAAACACAGACACUAUAUUCCGUGAUCCUCCUGACGAUCUCGUUGCUCACACUCUCCAACCUGUCCAGCCCGACCACCUCGCCAUCAACCUUACUGCUUUUCCAUCGUCCGUCCGGCGGAGCAGCAGAAGAAGAAGCCGAAGAAGAGCUCUUGAACUCCCGCACCGUGCUCGAAUUGGCCAUCGUCUUCCUGCGGCUCCUGGCUCAAUCGGCGCUGCUCUCCAGUCUCAUCAGCUUGCUCGGAACGCUCUUCUUCGGACGAAGCGAGCGCUUGCAACGACCGUUAAAGAUCCAAGCGAUCAUGAACAUGUUGAUGAGUGGGUUCGGAAGCAUCGUGAUGAUGACGGUAGAUUUCUCGAAGAAUCUGCAGAGCUCGGCGGCCCAUGAGCUGUGUCAAUUUGCGCUAGGCUCGGACAGUCUAGCGAGUCUCUCCCGGACGCCGGACUAUGGCUUGUCGACCCAAUCCUUCUCCUUCUUGUUCUUCAAUUGGCCCUCGCCCGGCUUGUUGGUCGACGAGAAUUGCGACGAACGCGCCGCCUCCCUCGUCUUCCCCGCCCUCAUCCUCCUCUCCCUCUGUAACCUCUUCCAUCUCCAUCUGCUCCAUGUCCUCUUCUCCAAUCCUUCUUCGCAACCCCCCUCCACCCUCCCUUCUUCGGCUUCCAAUCUCAAAUCUCCGCUCUUGCCCAUCCAUCGCUCUUCGGCCGAAUCACAUACCGCCCCUCCUCCCCACCUCCUUCCUCUCGAAAAAAAUCUCAUCAUCCUCUGAAAACAAAAAAAAUUCAAUACAUCAAAACUCCUACCCUCGUCUAUAUAGCUUUUCCUCUUCUUUUUUUUUGUCAAAAUCCUGGGUAUUAUGUACUUCAUUUUUUUUUCUGGCCGGGGGGAGAAGGGGGUCUGUUUAAAUAAAAAGGGGUCGUCUCUCCAUCAACUACGUCUCUCACACACCAAAAGCAAUUGUUUGUUUUUUCUGAUUUGUUGUUGUUCUUUUUAUCAUCGUUAUCAUAGUCCAAUUCCAACAAUUCAUCCACUGAUUCCUUCAUUCAAUCCUUCAAGUUGUUGUAUUAUUACCACUACUCCUACUACUACUACUCUUCUUCUUUCUUUUGUAAUCAUUCAUUCUUCUCCUUGGUUCUUGGUUCUUUCUUUUUAUCCUUGUCUUUCCACUUCAAUACUUAUACUUACAUAUCUAUACACAAAAAUAUAUAAGUUCAAUCAAUCAAAUUCAGAUUCAGAUUGAGAUUCAAAGAAGGGUCUCUUUGCUGAUGCCCAUCUCAACAAAUAAAUCCAGAAUAUCCAUAUAUUUAUACCACUUGACUUUCCUCUAUUCCAUCUUUUCUUCCCCCUUAUAUGAUGUGUAGGGUUGUGUGUCCAAUCAAGAUAGAUAUCUUCAUGUGUGUCGGCAAGGACACAAGGGUUUUAUACAUCAUCUGU